CGAAAUUGAACUGUUUUUUUUUUUUUACUCUCUCUCUCUCUCUCUCUCUCUCUCUCCUUGAAACUCUCCUAUUUUCUCUCUUACCCACUGAACUAGUGAACUCCCCCCAAGACUCUCUCUCCUCUUCUCCAUCAGCUUCAAGCAAGCAGCCUAGCCAACGGCGUCUCUCUUUCUCUCUCUCUCUACUACUACUACUAGGCUCACUCUACCGUCGAACAACCAAGGAGAAAAGAAUGGUUGGAGCUUGCAGUCUUCUUGUUGCUUUCGUUCCACAAGGCUAGAAGAGGAUUCGGUGGCUUCAGGAUCAACAGCCACUCAUGGAUUCCUGUCCUUUUCCCUCCUACUAAGGACUACACAAUAUUGAUGGGCCGCUGGUAAUUUUUUCAAGGCUUAAAGCAAAAGUGGAAAACUACACUGACUUCGCACAUCAAGGAUCCAUAUUUUGUUGUUUGGCUAUUGGGUUGUUUGUGUGUUUGCGAAGAGACUUGCACAAUGGUCAAAUAGUGAAAGGGAGAACAGGACCUGUGUAUGUGGUUUAAUGCCAACCUAAGACGCAUCGCUUGCCUACCUACAAAUUGCAUUGAGGAGAGCAGCAAUCUAUUUGGCUUCAAUGCUGUUCAAAAGCUUUGUUCGGGAGCUCAGGGAGAUGAGGAAUGGGAUUGCGAGCAAAUCGAGGAGAGGGGGUGAAGGGAAAGAUAUGCAUAGCCACAUGAGAUCUCAUAUUAUUCCUGAUGUGUCACGGUUCCAAACUGAUCCAAUUGAACAAGGCUCAUGGGCUAGCCUAUCUCCAGAGUUACUUAUUGAUGUGAUCCAGAGGCUCGAAGCGAGUGAGUCAUUAUGGCCUGCAAGGAGGAAUGUUGUUGCUUGUGCCUCUGUUUGCAGGUCAUGGAGAGAGAUUGCAAAAGAGGUUGUAAACACUCCAGAGCAAUGUGGAAGGAUUACCUUCCCUAUCUCAUUAAAGCAGCCGGGCCCACGUGAAUUGCCCAUACAGUGCUUUAUCAGGAGGGAAAGAGCCAGUUCUACUUAUCGGCUCUAUCUUGGUCUCAGCCCUGCUCUGUUGGGGGACAACGGUAAACUGCUUCUUGCAGCCAAGAAGGUUAGAAGAGCAGCUUGUACAGAUUUUAUUAUAUCCUUGGUUGGGCAUGAUUUCUCUCGUACAAGCAACACUUAUGUUGGAAAACUAAGGUCUAAUUUUCUAGGCACCAAGUUCACUAUUUAUGACUGUCAGCCUCCAUGUGACUCUGCAGUCCAAUCAAGUAGUCGGUCAAAUAGGAGAAUCCAUUCCAAGCAGGUAUCGCCAAGGGUUCCAGCAGGUAACUAUGAUGUAGCCACCAUCGCUUACGAGCUCAAUGUUCUCCGAACGAGAGGUCCGAGGCGAAUGAACUGUACAAUGAAUUCCAUCCCUGUCUCUGCAAUUCAGGAAGGGGGUACUGCCCCAACACCUACUGAACUCUCACACUCCCUUGAGGAGCCCCUUCCUUGCUUAUCAUCGUCAAAAUCUAAGGAUCCAGUUGUGGAUUCCGGUAACACAAGCCUCUCAGAGAGACCAGCAUCAAUCCAGAGAACAAGAGAACCAUUAGUUUUAAAGAACAAAGCACCUAGAUGGCAUGAACAACUGCAAUGUUGGUGCUUAAAUUUCAGGGGGCGUGUGACGGUGGCCUCUGUUAAGAAUUUCCAGCUCGUGGCAUCUGUGGAUCCUUCCCUUAACGUCUCACUAGCAGAGCAGGAAAAGGUAAUACUACAGUUUGGAAAGAUUGGAAAAGACAUCUUCACCAUGGAUUAUCGCUACCCACUAUCUGCCUUCCAAGCCUUCGCUAUAUGCUUGAGCAGCUUUGACACCAAACCAGCCUGCGAAUGACCCCUAUUUUGUUAUGGAUCUAUUGCUAUGGUACUUCCAUGAAAGGUGGUUGUAAAUGGAGAGCGAGUCCUUUCAUGUUUGCCACCUGUCAUCUCUGAGUACCUUAGUUGUGCGGACAUUAGUUUUUAAGACGGCAGGUUUGGGCAACAAAUUGUAUUUGUGAGUUGCAAUCAGUGGGUGGCAGGUAGCCUGUAACACUUGCUGUGGACUUUGUACUUACCAUCAAUGUCAAAUUAUUUUUUAUCUUUAA